UCCCAGAAGGCGGUGCAGCCAGCCAGAGCGAGCCUCGCGGAGGGUUGUGGGGCGGGUAGCUCCCCUCUACAUGAAGACUCAUGAAGUAGGGUAGGCGGAGGACUCCAUAUCCCAGCAUGCCCCGCGGCGGGCCCUACCGGCCGCUAUUCCGGGCUUGGCCCCGGCCCUAGCUCGUCGGCGGAAUACUGGGGCGCGUGGAAGCUGUAGUCACGGUGGCGCCCGUAGGGACGGAGGAGGGAAUGAGCGAAGAGGAGCAGGGCUCCGGCACUACCACGGGCUGCGGGCUGCCCAGUAUAGAGCAAAUGCUGGCCGCCAACCCCGGCAAGACCCCGAUCAGCCUUCUUCAGGAAUAUGGGACCAGAAUAGGGAAGACGCCUGUGUACGACCUUCUCAAAGCCGAGGGCCAAGCCCACCAGCCUAAUUUCACCUUCCGGGUCACCGUUGGCGACACCAGCUGCACUGGUCAGGGCCCCAGCAAGAAAGCAGCCAAGCACAAGGCAGCUGAGGUGGCCCUCAAACACCUCAAAGGGGGGAGCAUGCUGGAGCCGGCCCUGGAGGACAGCAGUUCUUUUUCUCCCCCAGACUCUUCACUGCCUGAGGAGGUUCCGGUUUUUGCUGCUGUGGCAGUUGCUGCUCCUGUUCCAUCCACUAUCUUAAUCAGGAGCCCCCCCAUGGAGAUGCAACCCCCUGUCUCCCCUCAGCAGUCUGAGUGCAACCCCGUUGGUGCGCUGCAGGAGCUGGUGGUGCAGAAAGGCUGGAGAUUGCCAGAGUACACAGUGACCCAGGAAUCCGGGCCAGCCCACCGCAAAGAGUUCACUAUGACCUGCCGAGUGGAGCGUUUCAUUGAGAUUGGCAGUGGCACUUCUAAAAAGCUGGCCAAGCGUAAUGCAGCGGCUAAAAUGCUGCUUCGAGUGCACACAGUGCCUCUGGAUGCCCGGGACGGCAAUGAGGCGGAGCCUGAUGACGAUCACUUCUCCAUUGGUGUGGGCUCCCGCCUGGAUGGACUUCGCAACCGGGGCCCAGGCUGCACCUGGGAUUCUCUGCGAAAUUCUGUGGGAGAGAAGAUCCUGUCUCUUCGCAGUUGCUCCCUGGGCUCCCUAGGUGCUUUGGGCUCUGCCUGCUGCAGUGUACUCAGUGAGCUCUCUGAGGAGCAGGCCUUCCAUGUCAGCUACCUGGAUAUUGAGGAACUGAGCCUGAGUGGUCUCUGCCAGUGCCUAGUGGAACUGUCCACCCAGCCAGCCACUGUAUGUCAUGGCUCUGCAACCACCAGGGAGGCAGCCCGAGGUGUGGUUUGUUCAGCACUGACACUGAAAAGCAGGAGGGGAGAUUUAAAAUAAAUGCAGCAGAACAUGUCACCUGACGGGUUCACCAGUCUAUCACUGAGGAAAUGGGAAUCUUGUAGCUUAAAACAUUUUCUCAUUCUUCUCUGGCAGCCAGUUUUGGAAGACAAAAUAAAAAAGGAGGCUGGCAGUUAUUCUGUAUACGUAUUUAAGAUGAAGGCAGAAGAGGUGAAGAAAAGGACAUUCUUGGAUUUGGCAGAUGGCAGAAGGUGGCUCUGGGACAACUAGAAGGGUUUCAUACUGAAAGGCUAUUAAAACUGACCUAUCUAUCAGUA